UUUGCCAGUCACUUUUGUGGUCGUUGCUUUUGAUGUUCUUUAAAAUAUCAGAGAGUGCUAAUUGGAAGUAUGAGCUUAUAUCCCUCACUUCGUACAGCAAUGACGAGAGCAAAUUGAAGAUUGAUACAAGAGUCGAACAUUCAAAAAAAAAUGAUAUAAGCGGUGGCAUGGACAUUUACGUGAUGUUCGAGCAUAAGGACGAUGAUGUGGUUGAGCUGCAAAUUUAUCGCAGUGCACAUGGAAAUGCCGAUGAAUUCAAACCAAUACCGUAUUCAAUUCCCAAAACGACCUUUAAAGAAAUGAUCGAAAAGUAUUGGGAUGAUUUAUUUUAUUCCACGGUAGGACACUGUUCGAAUUUACUGAAAAGCAGUGAGUUUGUUGAUGGUAAAAUUCCCCAGAAACACUAUGAGUUCAGGAACUGUGUGAUUGACAUUAAAAAGAUGCCACAGAUAAUGCCCGAAGGUGUAUACAAAUUGGUAUUCACAUUUACUCAUGAUUUCGAAUGGGGAGUUGAAGUUGUUGCCAAGGUGACAUCAAGGGUUUUACCAUAAAUAUUAUCAUGAAAAUUUGUUUUG